UGAGCAAACGGCGGCUCGUUGAGUGUUUUUGCGGCGGAACAACAAACUAACAUGAACUUUCUGCGCUUUUCUGUCCUUCAGGAACAGAAACAUCUUUUCAUUGUGUGAGAAGUUUUCCUCCUUCACGAACUGAACGUUUUAUCCUCCGAACAGCUGCCGCCAGCCUCGCACCUUCUCCGGUCAACGAGCCGAGCCGAACCGAGCCGAGCUGAACUAUCCCGGUUCGUGAGAGAGACGCUUUGAAUCAGCAGCAGAAAUAAUGAGAAGAUGAAAGUGUUGCUGUGGAUUCUUGUGUUUGUCCUCCGGAGUCAUGAAGGGACCUGUGGACACGGUGUGAUGUUCACAAAGCACCCGUCCAAUCAGACGGUGUCUCAGGGGAACGCGGCGAGGCUGGGCUGCGCCGUCCAGGGAGUGACGGAGCCCGACAUCGUGUGGAUGAAGGACGGAGAGAAACUCUACAGCACCGACCAGAUGUUCAUCACGCUGGGAGAGCAGCACUGGGAGACCUACCACAGCGUGAAGUCGGUCCAGCAGCAGGACGCGGGUCAGUACUGGUGCGAGGUCGAGUUCCACGGCCUGACGUUCUCCUCUGAACGAGCCUGGAUCACAGUGGAAGGUGUCCCUCACUUCAUCCAGGAGCCGCAGGAUGUGGCGACAUUCCCCAACGUUCCCUUCAACCUCACCUGUGCCGCCGUCGGCCCUCCCGAGCCCGUGGAGGUGCUGUGGUCUCUGGGGGGGGUCCAGGAGGGAGAGCCCAGGCCGUCCCCCUCCAUCCUUCACGUCCAAGGAGUGAACAGCAGUGUGAAGUUUUACUGUGAAGCGAAGAACACCAGAGGGAUCUCAGUCUCUAGAACUGGCACAGUUCACAUUAAAGUGUUGCCUGCGGCUCCAGUCGGGCUGCAGGUUCUGAGGAUGGUGGACAACAACGUUACAUUGUCAUGGAAACCAGGAUUCACAGGCCACUCUGAGCUGUCCACCUGCACCCUCCAGCUGGCGAGGCAGUCAGUGCGGAGGUGGGACCUCCCUCAGCAGAAGGUCGUGGUUCCUCCUUACCUUCAAGUUCUGUCUUAUCUGAGGAGUUACUCCAACUACAGUGUCAGAGUCUCCUGUGUUAAUGAGGUGGGGGCGUCGCCCUUCUCCCCAUGGCUGCAGUUCCAGACACCUGAGUCAGUGCCCUCGGCGGCUCCCAGGAACCUGACGUUUGAGCUGUCGGAGCAGCAGCUGUCUCUGAAGUGGGCCAAGCUACAGGAUGAGGAGCUGCAAGGCAAACUGUUGGCCUACAAGGUGCAGUGGACUCUGGGAGGAGAAGCACAGGAGCCUCUGCUGUUUAAGGAGAACUCUGCUCAGCUGUCAGGAGGAGGACGUUUCUUCAACGCCUCCUUCCAGGUGUCGGCCUGCACCUCUGUUGGCUGUGGACCCUGGAGCCCCCCGGUGCUGGUGCUGCCCGCCUCAGUGCAGGUCCAGGUCCAGCGAAGCCACAUGUGGGUCGGUCUGCUGCUCGGUCUGCUGGUGGCCACGGUGGUCGGACUGCUGCUCACUGUUGUCGCUCACCGCCGCGGAAAAGAGACGCAGUUUGGGUCGGCCUUUAAGCCUCCAGGCCCUGAGAGUUCGGUUUCCUUCACGGCAGCUCGAUCCUUCAGCAGAAGCUGUUCUGAGCAGCAGGAGUCGACAUUGGAUAGUCUUGGUAUAAACGACGACCUGAAGAACAAACUGCAGGACGUGUUGAUCCCUGAGAGGCUGCUCACACUGGGACACAUGCUGGGCAAAGGUGAGUUCGGCUCAGUGCGGGAAGCCUACCUGAAGACUGAGGACUCCGUCCAGAAGGUGGCAGUCAAAGUCCUGAAAUCUGACAUCACCUCGUCAGGUGACAUUGAGCAGUGUCUGAAGGAGGCGGCCUACAUGAAGGACUUCGACCACCCCAACGUCAUCCAGCUCAUCGGAGUGAGUCUUCACCGGCGUCCCAGCCAGCGGCUGCCGAUCCCGAUGGUGGUUCUUCCGUUCAUGAAGCAUGGAGACCUGCACACCUUCCUGCUGCUGUCCAGACUGGGAGAACAUCCGUUUGACCUGUCUCUGCAGACCCUGCUGAAGUUCAUGUUGGACGUCUCUCGGGGGAUGGAGUACCUAAGCGGCAGGAACAUCAUCCACAGAGACCUCGCCGCCCGCAACUGCAUGCUGGAUGAGAACAUGACGGUGUGUGUUGCAGACUUCGGUCUCUCUAAGAAGAUCUACAGUGGAGAUUAUUACCGGCAGGGAUCUGUUUCCAAACUGCCGGUGAAGUGGAUCGCUCUGGAGAGUCUGGCCGACAACGUGUACACCACACAGAGCGACGUGUGGGCGUUUGGCGUGACCAUGUGGGAGAUCAUGACUCGAGGUCAGACUCCGUACCCCGGCGUGGAGAACUCAGAGAUCUACGAGUAUCUGAUCAAAGGGGACCGGCUGAAGAAACCUCCGGACUGCAGAGACGACAUUUAUGAGAUCAUGCACAGCUGCUGGAGUCCGGUUCCCAAAUGUCGUCCCAGUUUCCAAAAUCUGGUCAGCCAGCUGGAGGCUCUGUGGCUCAGCCUGUCCCCCGCCCCCCCGCCGAAGGAGCCUCUGCUCUACGUCAACCUGGAGGGGGACGAGGGGGAGCCGGGACGAAGAGGAGCGCCCGGAGUCGGGGCCCCGGGGCAGGAGGAGGCGACGGCAGCCGGGGCCCCGAGCUGGAGCGUCCCCUGGCAGCGCAGGGCGGAGGACGAGGAGAAGGACUGGCUGAUGGUGGGGUCCGGGGCCGCGCUCGCCAUCGGGGGAGACUACAGAUACAUCAUCGGCCCCUGCGGAGCCGAGGAGGAGGGGGAGGUGGGAGGAGCGGGGAGGAGAGGGGAGUCCAUGGACACUUUACAGGAGGAGGUCAGAGACGAAGAGGACGAUGUCGUCAUUAAUGUCUGACCAGAGACCGACCAAUCACAGCACUGCUCCUCCUCUCACCUGCUCGCAGAGGGACGUUCACUUUAUGGCACUGAGCAGCAGCAGGCGGGUGGAGACUGAACUGAACCGCAGGUACAAACUGUCUCACUGCUGGAGAAAGUACUCUGAUUACAUGUUUGAACACACGCACACACACACACACACCGUGUGUUGGAGGAACUCAGAGGAGGACAUUAACACCUCUGUGUUCUAUCGGGUUUAACUGUGACAUGUUAGCGUAGCGUAGCAUAGCGUAGCACAGAGACUAGCCUCUGUCACAGUGAAUGAAGACUCUCAGUCUUAUUCGCUGGUUAUAUUUUCUAAUCUUGUGUAGGACGACCUUUAACCUCGCAGCUCUCUGAGCAGGAACUCUGCAUCUUGACGAAAUCAGCCCUUCAAAAUAAGGCUCUGUUCUGUGUUCUGCAGUCCACCUUCAGCUGGGACUCACUGUGUCCUCAUGGCGACACUUCUUGUACACCUACUAAAGAACCAAUGUGCUGCUCAGUCACAGGAAAUGACUCCGGUUGGUGCGGACAGAUUGUGACCUUCAACAACGGCUCACAUUUUAACAGUUCAGUUUCAGUCCGUUCCCUGGUCCUGUCUGUACCAGAUCAGGACCGUCUGUUCCAGAAGUGACGCGUAAACCGGCGCCUGACCAGCACUCGUCAAUAUUAAACAUCAGCAUAUCAGCCAAUAAUCGGUUUGUCACGUACGUUUCUAAUCCACAGUUGUGAUUCGGAUCCUUAAAUGUGACCCGGUGAAUUUGGUGUUUGAGACAUUGAACUCGUCGGCGCCCUACGGUGGACGAACUCUGCUUCUAAAUGAGCUACAACUCAGCUCUGACAUGUCUCUGCAGCAGCUUCCUGUCAGGUCAGCGGACUACCACACUGUCUGAGAUCAGCUAAUCUGAGCUUCAUCUGUCACCUCCUCUUCACUGAUCCCUGCAGCCUGACAGCAGAGAGGGGGAGGAACCCAGGCCUGGAGCUGCAGGUACACACCUGUUGAAGAUGACACACUGCGUCAGCGACUGUGAAACCAACCUUUGUCUGACGUCUCUGCAGUUGGACAGUGAGGACAUUUAAAACUAGUGUGGUCUCCAGUGUCUAACAGGCAUUUGGAUCCUCAGUAGCAGUAAAUAUAUCAAUUCAAUAAAGUGGAGCUCCAGACCCACAACGUGUUCAUGCUGUACGUACCAACUGAAACGAUAGGCGCCUGAAGGCCACACGGCAUAAUUACCUGAUCCUCGACGCGCCGACAGGAAGUACGUGGCCCCUGAAGCAGACUAUAUUUAGCCUUCAUCCACAUGUGACCAUAAUUCCAUACUUGGGUCACGUGAUAAUUAAGCUCCACGGCAUUGUGGCGUCAGCAGACUGAGGCUGUGAGACGUUGAUAGAGGCUCGGUGAAAACCAGCCGGGUUAACGAACCUUCAGCUGUUUGGGUUUUUGACGGACUGUGAAGUGUCGCUUGUAGGUUCAAGGGAUUUUUGACCUUUUUCCAGAUGAAUAACUGUUUUUUUUUUUUUUAAGUCGACUUUAUUUGGCUUCAUCGAUUGUCGUCUGUUUCAUAUUAUCAGCAACAUUAACUAUUAAAUCAUGAAAGCGGGUUAUAGUUGACAUCACAGCUUUCCUGAUGGUUUCCUUUAAAAUUCAGGUCAAACGAUUCCUCAAUGAAUCGAUCAACUGAAAGUGAAUCUGAUAUUUUAAUAAAGACAUUUUUUAAGUGUACAUUUCAGACAGUUGCUGAUUUCAGCUUUCCUACUGGCUGGAACUGUGAUGGACAUUUUUCUGAGGCGUUCAGAGAGACUAACACUUGCUGACUAAUGGUGACCGAGGCCAUCAGCGCAGCUACAGGUCAGUUACAGCAGCAGGAGAGUCCCAGCGUCACAGACUGAUCCAGAAUCAGUCACAGACUAACAUCUGUCUAACCCAGUGUUUAUCUGCACUGAUAUGUUGUUUCUAAGUCAGAGCAGAAACAGUUAAUGAUUGACUGUGACGCUGUUCUAAACAUCAACAAACAGGAUGUGAUCACCUGCUGAUCCUCUCUGACAGAAACUGACCUGAAAUCAGCACAAAGUCAAUAAAUUUAAUGUUUUUACUCCUCAUCUUCAUUGAUUUCUGUAAA